CGGUUGGCCGCCAGUCGCUCCCUUGCCUCCGGACAGAAGCGCUGUGAUGUGGACACCCUAGUGACCGGCCGAAAACACAUACACAAACACACCCCGUGGGCAACCCUCGUCUGCAGCUCAGCAUUACGGUUUGAAAAUGCCAGCUGCCAGAAUAAUGCCGGACAACCUCAAUCUGCCGCCUCUGCCACCUGGUCACAACGAAAGGCGUCGAAGUAGUAAUUUCCUGUCCGAGGUGCACGCUCUGCCGGCGUCCACCCUGAUCACGGACCCUGACCCUUUGGACGACAUGAGUCCGUACGAACGACUGCUGCACGGCCUGCACCACGACGAACGCUGGCUCAAAGAGGUCACCCUGGGGAAAAGGGUCGGCUUUUACAGAUUCCGCGGCGAGCUUGGUAGUGGAAACUUUUCGCAGGUUAAACUUGCGCAUCACCAGUUAACCAAAGAACGAGUAGCCAUCAAGGUACUGGACAAAAACAAGCUGGACCAGAAAACGCGGAAGAUGUUGGACAGAGAGAUCGAGACCCUGGAGUCAAUGAACCACCCAAACAUCAUUAGAUUGUACGAAGUGGUGGAGACGUACACGCGGAUUCACCUGGUGACCGAGUACGCGUUCAGCGGCGAGCUCUACACGCGAGUGACAAACGCGGGAAAACUGGCCGAACGUGACGCAAAGCCCAUUUUCGCCCAACUCGUCUCCGCGAUCGAUUACAUGCACGAGCGCAACUUCAUCCACCGAGACCUGAAGGCAGAGAAUAUCAUGUUCUCCGCCAACCAAAUCAAAGUGGUUGACUUUGGCUUCAGCACUAAAGUCAACUCGCCUGACCAACGACUGCAAACCUUCUGCGGAUCACCGCCCUACGCUGCCCCUGAGCUUUUUAGAGACGAAUGGUAUAUUGGAGCAAACGUGGACAUUUGGGCGCUUGGAGUGAUCCUCUACUUCAUGGUGACGGGCAGCAUGCCCUUCAGAGGGCACACAGUGGCCGCCCUGAAAAGAACCAUCCUGGAAGGCGAGUUUUUGGACCCUCAAGACGUGAGCUCUGAGUGUGUGACGGUGAUCAGAAGCCUCAUGAUGCCCCUACCUUCUGACCGAAUACCACUAAAAACACUACUGCAAGAGCAUCCCUGGCUCGAAAACGUUUCUAAGUUGGAGCCGUCUAUAUUGGACAGUGGUGACAGCGAGCGGAUAGGUGAGAUCACGACCGAGGCGAAAAAGCGGUUGCACAAGCUUGGCGUGUCGGAGGCGCUGCUGGCCGAAGCAGAGGACAAGGGUGCCAAGAGCAGUAUCACGGGCUGUUACCGGAUCGUGCUGCACCGCGUUGAGCGCGAAUCAGACGACAGCCUCAACCAGGACGGACUGAGUGGCCGCGAUUUUGCCAGCCCGACGCCCAGCAAGUUUUCCAUCUCGUCGCGCCUCUCGUCUCGCAAGUCCAAGAGGAAAGGCCGGCUGUCCACGACGUGCGUCAUUUUCUGAUGCAAGACAUUUUUACAUGGAACUCAUUGAAUCGUCACAACGUGCGUGCAUUUCAAGUAUGAAGGGAAUCUUGUGCCGUCUACACCCAAACCAUCCAUGUUAGCGAAUGCGCUAUUUGCGUUAACCGUUAAUGUUUGAAGCUCUUUUCAAAGAAACCACAGUUUUUGGGACUUUCAAUCUUGCUGCUUGCCUUAAAAAACUUAAAUUUACUGGCCAAAAUAUUUUUCGGAAAAUAAAACAUGGUCACACAUUUAAUUGGUGUUGAGCAGGAAAAUUUAAGUCCGCAAAUCUUGCUGAUUGCCAAAGCUGUUGGUUUCAAACAUUAACUUUGCACGCAAAUGUCCCUUUUGAAGUCUUCUCUGGUGAAGAAGGAAAAAGAGAAACUGCCCAAAGAACUGUUAAUGUGGUUUAAAAACUGUUCCUAGUAGUGUUAAGAAUAGAAAGAAAAUGUGAACAAACAAAUUUUUAAAAUGGCAGUGAGAAGUGAGAUGAAGAUUACCUCAGCUAAAGACGAGCUAAUAAAUUUACAAAAAAAGUGUUACGAAAGAGUCAUUUUUGCAGCUGGAAAUUGCCAAAAAUUACAUAUUAGCAUACUAUGUUGUAUACUCCCUCUCUGAAGCCUUGUAAGAUAACUCUGAGAUUAACUGAGCCGUUGAUUGCUAUCGACGCGUGUGAUGGUGCGUCGUGAUUUCCACGAUUAUAACACAAAAUGUAAAACGUACCCACGGCGUGCACCUGCUGAUAACUCACACGAUCCAAAGUCAUGAAAGUCAGGGCUCUGUAGCAUGUUGAAUAUAUUAAUACGAACACUUUUGUUUGUGCUGAUCUCAAAACUAUUUUUCUGCUGUGUAUUAGAUAAUCUGAGAGACGGUGAAUUAAAUGAUAUUAAUUAAGAAGAA